GGUCCGCGGGGACCGCCGGGGGAACCGGGCCGGCCGGGCCCGCCGGGACCUCCGGGGCCGGGCCCAGGCGGGUACAUCCCGUCCUUCUACAGCCCCAAAAUCGCUUUUUACGCCGGCCUGAGGAAACCUCACGAAGGUUACGAGGUUCUGCGCUUCGACGACGUCGUGACCAACGUGGGCAACUACUACGAGCCCUCGAGCGGCAAAUUCACGUGCCCCCUGCCCGGCAUUUAUUUCUUCACCUACCACGUCCUGAUGCGCGGCGGGGACGGCACCAGCAUGUGGGCCGACCUGAUGAAGAACGGGCAG